AGGGAUCUGCAGUCUCUCCCCUGCCCUAUUCUUGGCUUUCCUCACUCCUGUUUUGCUCUCCUUCGCCAUCAUACGUAUACAUUUUCUGCAAUGCUUCAAAACAGGCAGCUUUGAAAUUCCAAUCACCUUUUCAUUUGAACUUUUUUUCCAACUUUUUCUGACAAAUUCAACCUGUGGAUUAUAUUGGGAAAAAUAAGGGGCACUACCUUCAUUGAUACGGUCACAAUUUCCUUAAUCAGUGGAUUCCAAUUAGAAUUGAAAGACAUUGCUAACCUCUUGAAUAAAAGCUUUCCAAACGACAUACUUGAAAUUAACUUUUCAUAUCAACAUGCCUGAAGCAGCCCCUGAAGGUGCAGCGGUGGAGUCCAUCUCAGCUGCUGUAGCCGAUGGGCUGAAUGGGAACGUGGUGCCCCCAUCAUCCCCUCCUAAGGCCCAAGGGGUUGGAAUACUCAAGAAACUAACCUUUUCUGUAGAGUUAGUGGUGACUAUUAGCCUCCUUCUCUCCUGGAUUACUGCAGGCUUCAUGAUGUUUGAUGUUGUAGAAUAUAAAGGGGUCACUGACAUUCAAGAUGUAGUUUUGGAUCCCAUGAAAGCUGUUAAUGAUGCAGUAGAGGGAAUGUCCAACAUGUUCUAUAAGGCUCAAGAAUGUGCAUUUGCUCCUCAUUUGAGUCUGGACCACAUGAAUGCUGUCAAAGAUGUAAAAGACUUAUUUGUGGACUUCCUCUCUGAUGAUGACGGAAACUUUUACCUGAGCUACGUUGACCCGGUGAUUAUUGGCAGAGGUGUGUUCAAUGUCACCAAUAACUCUAUAUGUGGAGUCGUGGGUUACAUACAAGGCACACUCUGUGUUCUAUUGGAUGCCAUAUUGGAUAUCUUGCAGGCCCUUAUCCAUGCAGGGAACAUCAAUGCAGAAGACAUAGUGCAUGUUAUCAAGGACUGUACAAGUUCUACUGGAACCUACAUUUGGGACCUGCUGCCAGGUAUCCCUCAAGAAGUGAACAUCGAUCCCAUACUGGUUCUCAGAAGAAUAUUUGGGAUUAUCAUUGAGCAGAAGAACAUGCUUGUGGACUAUGUCUCCAACUUGCUAAUAGGUGAUCAAGGGGUCAUUCCUGAGAUGAACUUUGACCCUAUGAAAGUGGUCUCAGAUGCAGUGCUUGAGAUUGCAGAUGGGAAAAACAUGUUCAUGGAUUAUCUGUCCAACAUGCUUAUGGAUGAUAAAGAUGAACCUAGUACUAUACCAGCAUCUGUGAUGCAUGUGAUAAGGAAGAAAGGACAGUUUUUGCCACCCCUGGGAAAAGUUGCAGAAUUGAUAGGCACUACAAAGGACGGCGACCCUGCACCUGAAAUACGCGUCACUCCAGUUGUGGCGGAGAAGGAUGAUGCUGUCAAAGAGGCUGAAGAAGAGCAGGGAGACAAGGACAGUACUGAUGACAGUUCAGAGGGGGUGAAGAAAUACACCACCCCAAAAAAGUUGUGGAUCCAAAAACAGAUGGUUAGAGUCAUGGGAUCUAAGGCCCACCCAAGAGCUGGAGAGGUACUUCCUAAGGAUAUGGAUGAAGACCAACAAGAUUGUGAUGUUGAAGAGCUUGACCAUGAACAAACAAUGGACGAUGAAGAAAUCAUGGAUGUUAGCAAGGAGGGGGAGAAAGAAGAGGUGAAAGAGAAGGAUCAUCACUUAGAGUUAGAUGAGGAGGAGGAGGGUGAUACCCAUGAGGUUGACGUCAAAGAUCAUGGUGUUGAAGAUGAAGGCAUUUACAAUGAAAACAGUUCAAAGGGAGCCAUGACAUACACCACCAAAAGAAAUGUGCAGAUUCAAAAAACGAUGGUUAGAAAAGUGGAAUCUAGGGCCAAUAUUGAAGUUGGUGAUGAACAUCAUGAAUAUGAUGGAGAGGAGGAGGCAGAGGAAGACAUUCAUGAUGAGUAUAAACAUGAUGAUCACAGUGACAUUGACACUAAAGAUCAAGUUGUUGUUGAUGAUGAUCAUGAAGAAGCUGAAGCUGAUGAGGAAAAUCAUGACACAGAUUACCUUGAUGUCAAAGAUCAAGAGGUUGAACAUGGAGAAGACAUUGACGAUGAGGACAGUUCAGAGGGGACCAAGACAUACGCCUCCAAAAUAAAUGUGCGGAUCCAAAAACAGAUGGUCAGAAAAGUGGGAUCUAGGGCCAGUAUUGAAGUUGGUGAUGAACAUCAUGAAGAUGAUGGAGAGGAGGAAGAGGAGGAUGCAGAGGAAGACAUUGAUGAUGGGAAUAAAAAUGAUCACAGUGACCUUGAAAUUAAAGAUGAAGUUGUUAGUGACGAUGAUCAAGAAGAAUAUGAAGCUGAUAAGGACAAUCAUGAUACAGAUGACCUUGAUGUCAAAGAUCAAGAGGUUGGAAAUGGAGAAGACAUUGACGAUGAGGACAGUUCAGCGGGGGCCAAGACAUACACCCCCAAAAUAAAUGUGCGAAUCCAAAAACAGACGGUUACAAAAGUGGGAUCUAAGGCCCAUCUAAGAGCUGGAGAGGUACUUCCUAAGGAUAUGGAUAAAGACCAACAAGGUGGAGAUGUUGAAGAACUUGACCAUGAACAAACGAUGGAUGGUGAGGUAAUCAAUGUUGAUGGCCGCGAGGAGGAGGGGAAAGAAAAGAAGAUAGAGAAAGAGGAGAAGGUUCAUCACUUAGAAGUAGAUGAAGAGGAGGGUGAUACCCAUGACGUCAAAGAUCAAGAUGUUGAAGAUGGAGAAGACAUUGACAAUGAAGACAGUUCAGUUGGAGCCAAGACAUACACCACCAAAAUAAAUGUGCCGAUCCAAAACCAGUUGUUUCGAGAAGUGGGAUCUAAUGCCAGUAUUGAACUUGGUGAUGAAGAUCAUGAAGAUUAUGUAAAAGAUGAGGAAGAAAACGAGGAGUUGAAACAGUCAAUUGAUGAAUAUGAAUAUAUUGAUGUCAGUGGAGCUGUAAAGCUUGAUGUUCUUGAUGUAGUGGCUGACAUUGAAGAAAUGGCGCAACUUCCUGAUACUGAUGGAGAUUACUCUGAAAUCAUUGAUGAUGAUGAUGAUGAUGAUGAAAACAACAACAACAGUGAGAGCAAGAAAGCUGGUGUCAAACGGAAGAUACAUGUUCCAAUUCCCUUUAAGAUGUUUAAAAGACUGGGAUCGAAGGCCCACCUUAAAGAUGAUGGGGAGCACGAGGAUAAAGAUGACCAAGACAAAGACAUCCAAUGUGCCAGAGUUCUCAGACAAUCCAAGGAGAGGCAAGCAAGAGAAGAAGUAGUAGAAGAGGUAGAAGUAGUCCUUAAAGCGAUGAGGGAUGCACAAUCCAUGAAAGAGGUAGAAAAUAAGAAAUUGGAGGACAAGACGGAAAAGAAAGAGGAGCAGGCCGAGGAGAAAGCAAAGCCUGAGGCAAUGCCCAGUGUGAAGAAAGCAGAGAAGACAGGACCCAAAGAAGAAGAGCCAAAAAAGAAGACUGCCAGAGAGGAGAAAGAGAUGAAAAAGGAGACAAAACAUUUGAAGAAGAAAGUCAUCCAUGACUUUUUCAACAAGAAAGUUGUGGUGGAACCCAAAAAGAAGGUGGACAAAAAGGUGAAGGAGACAAAGAAGGAUGUUCAGUCAACUCUUUGGAAAUCUGACGAUGAAUCCAAGAACCCUGUCAAGGUGGUGAAGACAGAAGAGUCCACCAUGAAAAAAGAACAUAUUAAUGUUAAUAAAGAAGGCAAAAAGAAACCUGUCAAAGAGGUUAAGGAAGAAAAGACAGCUAAGCUACCAGACAUAAAAGUAAAGGUAAAAAAAACAGAACUUGAGGUUCGAAAGGAGGAGGCUAAGCUGGUGAAUGUUAAGAAAGAGCCCAGGGAAGCUACGGAGCAAGCCAAACCAGAACCUACAAAAAAAGAAGCUGAAGUUCCCAAAGAAAAAAACAAAGCAGCUACAUCAAAGAAAGAUACUGGAGCAAAAGAAGAGGCCAAACUAACUCUAGCAAAGAAAGAUGCUGCAGCUAAAGAAAAGGUGAAAACAUCCCCUGCAAAGAAAGAAUCUGAAGAUCCCAAAGAAAAAACCAAUGCAGCUACAUCAAAGAAAGAUGCUGAAACAAAAGAAAAGGGCAAACUAGCUCCAGAAAAGAAAGGAAAAGCCAAACCAACUCCUGCAAAUGAAGAUGUUGCAGUUAUUAAAGAAAAGGUGAAAUCAGCACCUGCAAAGAAAGAAGCUGAAGUUCACAAAGAAAAUGCCAAAGCAGCUUCCUCAAAGAAAGAGUCCAAGGAAACUAAGGAACAAGCCAAACCAGAACCUACAAUAAAAGACAGUGAAGUUCCCAAAGAACAAACCAUAGCAGCUACAUCAAAGAAAGAUGCUGAAGCAAAAGAAAAGGCCAAAUUAGCUCCAGAAAAGAAAGGACUGUUGUACGUGAACUUAGAAGCUGAAGUUUCCAAAGAAAAAGCCAAAGUAACUCCUUCAAAUGAAGAUGCUGCAGUUAUUAAAGAAAAGAUCAAAUCAGCCCCUACAAAGAAAGAUGCUGCAGUUAUUAAAGAAAAGGUGAAAUCAGCCCCUGUAAAGAAAGAAGCUGAAAUUCACAAAGAAAACGCCAAAGCAGCUUCAUCAAAGAAAGAGUCCAAGGAAACUAAGGAACAAGCCAAACCAGAGCCUUCAAAAGAAGACAGUGAAGUUCCCAAGGAACAAACCAUAGCAGCUACAUCAAAGAAAGAUGCUGAAGCAAAAGAAAAGGCCAAAUUAGCUCCAGAAAAGAAAGAUGCUGCAGUUAUUAAAGAAAAGAUCAAAUCAGCCCCUGCAAAGAAAGAUGCUGCAGUUAUUAAAGAAAAGGUGAAAUCAGCCCCUGUAAAGAAAGAAGCUGAAAUUCACAAAGAAAACGCCAAAGCAGCUUCAUCAAAGAAAGAGUCCAAGGAAACUAAGGAACAAGCCAAACCAGAGCCUUCAAAAGAAGACAGUGAAGUUCCCAAAGAACAAACCAUAGCAGCUACAUCAAAGAAAGAUGCUGAAGCAAAAGAAAAGGCCAAAUUAGCUCCAGAAAAGAAAGAUGCUGCAGUUAUUAAAGAAAAGUUCAAAUCAGCCCCUGCAAAGAAAGAUGCUGCAGUUAUUAAAGAAAAGGUGAAAUCAGCCCCUGUAAAGAAAGAAGCUGAAAUUCACAAAGAAAACGCCAAAGCAGCUUCAUCAAAGAAAGAGUCCAAGGAAACUAAGGAACAAGCCAAACCAGAGCCUUCAAAAGAAGACAGUGAAGUUCCCAAAGAACAAACCAUAGCAGCUACAUCAAAGAAAGAUGCUGAAGCAAAAGAAAAGGCCAAAUUAGCUCCAGAAAAGAAAGAUGCUGCAGUUAUUAAAGAAAAGAUCAAAUCAGCCCCUGCAAAGAAAGAUGCUGCAGUUAUUAAAGAAAAGGUGAAAUCAGCCCCUGUAAAGAAAGAAGCUGAAAUUCACAAAGAAAACGCCAAAGCAGCUUCAUCAAAGAAAGAGUCCAAGGAAACUAAGGAACAAGCCAAACCAGAGCCUUCAAAAGAAGACAGUGAAGUUCCCAAAGAACAAACCAUAGCAGCUACAUCAAAGAAAGAUGCUGAAGCAAAAGAAAAGGCCAAAUUAGGUCCAGAAAAGAAAGAAGCUGAAGUUUCCAAAGAAAAAGCCAAAGUAACUCCUUCAAAUGAAGAUGCUGCAGUUAUUAAAGAAAAGAUCAAAUCAGCCCCUACAAAGAAAGAUGCUGCAGUUAUUAAAGAAAAGGUGAAAUCAGCCCCUGUAAAGAAAGAAGCUGAAAUUCACAAAGAAAACGCCAAAGCAGCUUCAUCAAAGAAAGAGUCCAAGGAAACUAAGGAACAAGCCAAACCAGAGCCUUCAAAAGAAGACAGUGAAGUUCCCAAAGAACAAACCAUAGCAGCUACAUCAAAGAAAGAUGCUGAAGCAAAAGAAAAGGCCAAAUUAGCUCCAGAAAAGAAAGAUGCUGCAGUUAUUAAAGAAAAGAUCAAAUCAGCCCCUGCAAAGAAAGAUGCUGCAGUUAUUAAAGAAAAGGUGAAAUCAGCCCCUGUAAAGAAAGAAGCUGAAAUUCACAAAGAAAACGCCAAAGCAGCUUCAUCAAAGAAAGAGUCCAAGGAAACUAAGGAACAAGCCAAACCAGAGCCUUCAAAAGAAGACAGUGAAGUUCCCAAAGAACAAACCAUAGCAGCUACAUCAAAGAAAGAUGCUGAAGCAAAAGAAAAGGCCAAAUUAGCUCCAGAAAAGAAAGAUGCUGCAGUUAUUAAAGAAAAGAUCAAAUCAGCCCCUGCAAAGAAAGAUGCUGCAGUUAUUAAAGAAAAGGUGAAAUCAGCCCCUGUAAAGAAAGAAGCUGAAAUUCACAAAGAAAAUGCCAAAGCAGCUUCAUCAAAGAAAGAGUCCAAGGAAACUAAGGAACAAGCCAAACCAGAGCCUUCAAAAGAAGACAGUGAAGUUCCCAAAGAACAAACCAUAGCAGCUACAUCAAAGAAAGAUGCUGAAGCAAAAGAAAAGGCCAAAUUAGCUCCAGAAAAGAAAGAAGCUGAAGUUUCCAAAGAAAAAGCCAAAGUAACUCCUUCAAAUGAAGAUGCUGCAGUUAUUAAAGAAAAGAUCAAAUCAGCCCCUGCAAAGAAAGAUGCUGCAGUUAUUAAAGAAAAGGUGAAAUCAGCCCCUGUAAAGAAAGAAGCUGAAAUUCACAAAGAAAACGCCAAUGCAGCUUCAUCAAAGAAAGAGUCCAAGGAAACUAAGGAACAAGCCAAACCAGAGCCUUCAAAUGAAGACAGUGAAGUUCCCAAAGAACAAACCAUAGCAGCUACAUCAAAGAAAGAUGCUGAAGCAAAAGAAAAGGCCAAAUUAGCUCCAGAAAAGAAAGAAGCUGAAGUUUCCAAAGAAAAAGCCAAAGUAACUCCUUCAAAUGAAGAUGCUGCAGUUAUUAAAGAAAAGAUCAAAUCAGCUCCUGCAAAGAAAGAUGCUGAUGUUGUUAAAGAAAAGACGAGACCAGUUCCUGCAAAGAAAGUGAAAACUGUAAAAGACAAGACAAAACCAGCACUGGCUAAGAAAGAGGCUGAAGUUGGCAAAGAAAAGUCCAAACCAACACCUGCAAAGAAAGUUCCUCUUCCUAUAGAAGAGAAUUUCAAGUCAACACCAGUAAAGAAAGAACUUGUUGCACCACUGGGGAAAGCACGACCAAAAAUUGGAAUCAAAGAAUCUGAAGUCAUUCGCAGAAAUCACAGUCACAUAAAUUCUUCUCUUACAAAGGAGAGAGUUAAAGUUGUACUUGUAAAGAAAGAACCUGCUCUGAAAGAGAAGGCCAUGCCAGCCCCUGCAAAGAAAGAACGUGAGGCUCCCAACCAGAAGGACAAACCAGUAUCUCAAAAGAAAGGUACUGAUUCAAUUCAAGUGCCUGAGGCUCCCAAAGAAAAGGCCAAGCCAGCAGAUCCUACAAAAAAACCUGAGGGUGUGAAAGAGAUGGACAAACCAGACCCUCUUAAGAAAGCUACAAAAAAGAAGGCUAAGCCAGCAACUGUAUUGAAAGUGGUUUCCAAAGAGACGGCCAAACAUGUCCCUGUAAAGACAGAGCCUGAUGCGCCAAAGGAGAAUGCCAGACCUGUGAAAAAAGAUACUCCCAAAGAAAAGGCUUCCAAAUCAGUCCCUGUAAUGAAAGAAAAGUCUGCUGAGAAGAAGCCUGCCAAAGAAGAGAAAGCAAAGGCAGAGCCUGUUAUAACAGACCCCUUUGCCACAGAAGAUGAGAUGCCCUACUUCCAGUGCUUUUUUGUGGAUGAAGAUGAGGCCCAGUAUCCCUUCUACCCUUUCUCACCUCUCCAGAUGUGAGAGCCCUGCCCAGUGAAGAGCACAGUAUAGAAAGCAAUGGGACGAGAUGGGCUACACCUUUAGUGUGGAGUUCAUAAUAAAACCAAGCCAUGGAAUCCACUACUGCUAUGUUUCAGCCUAGCAUCCUGAGCUGGUCUUCAACAGAAACCUAGGACAGCAGCACUUUGAGUGAAUUCGUUGAGCUCUCAUGGGUAGCCAACAUCAUUCCUGUCCAAAUGUGUUCGUGUUAUAUUUUGUUUUUGAUAGCUGAUAUGGCAUGAGUUGAUCUAUAUCAGGACAUAAGUAUUUUGAAUGAAACAAUGCAUACUGUGUUUACAUCUGCAUCUGCAUUUGCUUGAUUCAAUUCCCGCUUUGAUAGUUGUCAGUUUUCUCAAUUGAAUGGUAUAUUUAAACAAAUUUGAACACAGAUUGUACCGUUGGCUUUCAUACUUUUCAAAUUCUCAGUGCAGCGCAAGCAAUUUAUCUGUCUGUCAUCACAUUCAGUUGAAUUGGAGCUGCAUAUGGAAGCCGAGCAGUGUUGGUCUAGAAUUUGGGGGAAGAGCUUGGUUGGGCUGGACUACAGACUGCUGCUCUGUUGCUGUGGACUCUGAAUUACGCUUUAUUUACAUGAACAUGGGCUCAAUAUCAUUGCUCUCAUACUAAGACAUCAGUGGGUCGUUCCAUCUAAAAAAAAUCACAAGAAAGAGGCUUUCGACACCUACCUUCUCAGAUUGUACUGAAAUUGUUUCUGUUAGAGAACAGAUAAGAUUAGUGUUCCUGCGACAAUAUUUUGUUGAAAUAUAAUUUGAUAUCUGAGAAAUUAAGCUAAUUGAUUCCACCCAAAUUGGCCAUUACAUUCAAUAAAUAUAGACCCUAACCUCCAGGAUUGCUUUUCUUAAGGAAUUCCUCCCCCACAUGUUAAAGGGACAGUUCACCUAAAUUACAUAAUUACAUUUGGUUUCCUUACCUGUUAGCAGUCUUUGUAGAAAUAAAUUAAACAGCCCAUGUGUUGGUUUUGUUGUCCACUGACUCAAAUGCAAACUGUUUUGCAUUUGUGACACAACUCCAAUGCAAGUCAAUGGUACCUGUAUUAGCAUUUUCAUGCUUCAUGUCCAAAUCCUUCUGAAGUAUUUAAAGCUGUUAUGAUUUAGAUGACAGACAGAUGAUUUAGAUAUGAAGCUUGGAAAUGCUUAGGUACCAUUGACUUGCAUUGGAUUUGUGCCACAAAUGCUAAAAAGUUAGCAUUUCAAACACCGGCCAGAUUAACAAAACCAAAACAUGGGUUGCUGUCAUAACUUGUCCCUAAACUGCUUACAGGGUAAGGAAACAAUAUGUCAUUUGGGUGAACAAUCCCUUUAACACUGAGAGGGAUUCUGAAAAAAAUAACUACAAGUAGGAACAGCACCAUCUAGUGGUCAGAACAUUGUAAUAUCAAGAUGUAGGAUGGGGCAUUAACCUAACUUAAAUGAUUAAUUUCUCUGAACAGGAAGAAAAAUACAUCACCAAAUUCACUGAGAAUACAUUACAUAGGAUGAAGAAAUAACACUGAGCCACAGCUCCAUACUAUUCGUCAAACAUAGAGAACUAAUACUGUAUUCUCUUUAUUAGGGUGGGAUUGGCUUGGGGUGUGUGGUGUCCGUGGGUGGCUUUUGAUAGUUUCUUUCGAUUCCUCAUGUCUUACUCCUUGUUAGAAAAAGGUUUGGUCCAAAUCCGAUGUUAGGUACUAUAUUUAUUGAAUAUUAUAUGAUUCAUAUAAUAUUCAAUAAUUAUAAUACCGAACAUCGGAUUUGGACAAAAUGUUCUUCUAACAAGGAGUGAGACAUGAGGAAUCGAUCAAUUUAAAUGGGCAAUUUGUGUGCAAUCAAUUAGCGUAAAUACUCAGAGAUUAAAUUAUAUUUAACAAAAUAAUAUUGCAGAAAUGCUAAUCUUAUCUGUUUCUAACUACAGAAAUGAAAUUGUUUCAGACCAAUCUGCGAUGGUGGGUGUCAUGGCUUGCUGAAAUGACAUACAACAACCUCAGUGGAUUUUUACCUUACUUUGUGAGACGUUUUUGUUUUUAAUGUUGCAUUUCUUGCCCUUCUGUUCACAAUGGUAACUCACAAUGAGAUAGUACUUCCAUUGUAGCUGAAUAUGUUUCCUCAUUGAUUUUCAGGUUACAUUGCUUUCUUCCAUUUUCUUCUAUUCCUCUUCAUCAGUCUGCGUUUGUUAACUUUGAGGAAGCAUAAAGUUUUUCAUCAAAUUCGUAGGGACCUCAUACUCACAUAAAAAAAAUGAUGUUGGUGCCUCGAAGUCUGUGAAGUUGUUUUUGUAUUGUAUGUACUAUAUGUCUGGAAAGGAAUAACCAUAACCUAUAUGUCCAUGAGAGCUCCCAGAUUCUGAUAAAACACCCUCUGGCUUUCCCACAGGUGACAAGUGGCAGACUCAGUCAUAGUGUUCUGAAGCCUUAUCAACCAUCUAUACUUCUACAAAAUGCUCCUCAUUUUGAUAGGAGUGCUGAUUCUAAGCAUUCAAUUGUCUGAACCUCCAGAAUGAGGUUGAAGAAUAAUUUUUAAUGGGUAACACGUCCGUUGGAAUGCACUUGUUGCAAUCAGGUGUCGCUGAAAUAUUUCAUUUUGUGUGAUAAUCCAUUUUGAACUCAUUUAAAGUUGGUGUUGUCCAUUUGUAUCAACAUAAGUUAGAUAUCAUUUCUUGCACUGGAUUACACCAUCAAGGACCUUAAACUAACUGGAACAUGAGAGGAGAAUACAUAUAUUAAUGAUCAAAAUCAAUGUUUGUAUCCCAUAUCUAUUUAUUGAUAGACCAAAAGGAACAGCUGCAUAGCUCAUGAGUGUCACAGAGUAGUGUCCUUUUGGUAGGGUUUACACAACUGGCAAACGGUGUGGGAAAAAUAAACAAGUCCAGUUUACCAUUCUGUGAUGCGUAUAGUGACUUAUGAAUCAUAUAUAAUCAAGUGAUGUAGUAAUAUAAACAAUAUAUUAUGAUAUUAUUUAUAUAAUUAUAAUAUUAUCAACAAUAGUGGUAAUAAUAAUGCAUGUAUGACAAUUGUAUUUAUUUUUGUGCUAUGUUAUGUACAGAUUUAUAACAUUUCAGAUUGAUUACUUUAUAAUCUCUGAAAGACAAGUUGGGAUAGCAGUCAACACAUAAACCUACUUCUACUUCA